AUGGGCAACGCGUACACACGGCUUCUCUCGUUUUCGCAUUAUACUGAUGCGCGGGGUGCGGAGGGGCCUCAAGAGCCUCCAACGCCCCAGUUUGACGUGAGUGCGGUACUGGAGGAGGUGCCUCCGGAUGUCUACCUGAAGCGUGACACAGCCAUGACGCCAAGCAUCCUUAUCACGAGUACGCAGUUUCUCACGCUGCAGCGGCACAUACCCGCGCGGUUUCAAAGCAGAUGCUGGCGUCUUUUAUUUUGCAGCGGCCUUCACGGCUUUUCUCGUUUAGCGCUGCAGAACAGUUGCGCUGAGGAGCUUAAAAGUGCACGGGGCAAAGAACGGCCCGCGAUCUUAAUAAUUUCUGCAGGGAGUGAUGGGAGUAUAUUACUGGGAGCUUACAUUUCUUGCAUCCCGCAGGCUUCAAACAAGCGAUAUGUUGGAACCGAAGAAAGCUUUCUUUUCUGCGUGCCGGCCUCCUCUGCCUUGGCCUCAUCAGGCGGUGCUUUGCGCAUUUUCAAACCCCCUGAAAAUGUCGCGAAUCACUACUUUAUGCGUUACGACAAUGGCACCAUCGCUGUUGGUGGCGGUGGUAAGGGCCCCGCAAUUUUUCUUCACGAGGACUUAACGAGUGUGUCCUGCAGCACUUUUUGCCCGACGUUUGACCUCAAGGAGUCACUGCUGCUGCUUAGUGAAAAUCUAAACGGUGGUUGUCAUGCCACUGCUGGUGCGGAUUGCCCACAUAAGGUGAGUUUGGAAGGUGGUGAACCGGAAACGUCUGUGCGGGCGAUUCAGCUGUGGACCAUAGGUGACGAGUACUACUUGGCCUCGUAA